AUGUUUUGUUGUUUGAAAAAUCGAAAAUCUCAAUAUACUAUGGAAGAAAACGAACCUCGGAAAAAUUCCGAAGACAAGACAAGUCUUCGGAAUGGAAGUGUGACAAUAUCGGAACCGAUUCCAAUCAAAGAUGGCGCUUCCCAAGAGCCUGAUAGUGUAUAUGAGAAUCAAAACCAUAUUCCAAGUCCGAGUUUGGAGCAUUCCGAACGGGAGCAGCAUAAGAAAUAUUUGGAAGACAAAAGUGCCAAAAAUAGCGAAAAUGAAAAUGCUCAUUUGGAAGUGACGAAAACUGAAAGUGGAGUGAAAUAUGAAAAUGUAGAGUUGAAAAUUGCGGAGGGGAAAAAUGCGGAGUUGAAAAUAUUAGAAGUGAAAAAUGAUAUUGAGGCUGCGAAUGUUUCAAAAUACGAAAACGUGGUGCCGAUGUCAAACAGUAUGCCGCUAUAUUCCGUUUGUGACAAAACAAAAAACGCUGCCAAAAACACAAGCGAAACUAGCGAAAAUGUUACGAAAGAGUGCUCAGAGACUUACGAAAAUGUGGAGAGGAGCGAAAAUAGCGUCAGUAUUGUAGACAAACUUUCUGAUUCUUUUAUUACAGACCUCAAAUCAUCUCAACCACCAGAUUUG